AUGACACUCGCCGACCGGUCCUUCGAUCAGGCUUACCACUCGAACCAUUCCGCCAACAGAAACAAUGACAAUGCGGCACUGCAUAGAUUGGGGAAGCGGCCUCAACUCAAGCGCAACUUUGGGUAUAUGUCCAUGGUCGGGUUCUCCACCACUCUGAUGGCGACGUGGGAACCGCUCGGUGCGUUGAUACAAGCCGGCCUUGUCAACGGAGGACCUGUCUCGCUCGUGUAUGGCUUCAUCCUAUGCUUCCUCGGCACUUUGGCAACGGCUGCAUCUUUGGGAGAGCUUGCCAGCAUGGCGCCCACGAGCGGUGGACAAUAUCACUGGGUAUACCUGCUUGCGCCUCCAAGCGCCAACAUCUGGCUCAGCUACCUCACAGGCUGGGUGUCAGUACUGGCUUGGGUGGCAGCAACGGCGACGCCUGCCUUUCUGGGAGCGACACUGCUGCAGGGCCUGUUUGUGCUCAACGACCCGGAUGGAUAUGUGUACCUCCGCUGGCACGGCACACUCCUCUUCUUUGCGAUCUUACUGCUGUCGGUUGCCGUCAAUAUUUGGUUGAUCAAAUUCCUGCCGUACUUGGAGACCAUUAUUCUGGUACUCCACGUCGGCAUGUUCUUCGCCAUCAUUGUGCCUCUCGUCUACCUGGCACCGCAGCAUUCGGCCGAGUUUGUCUUUACGGAUUUCGAAAGUUUGUUCGGAUGGGAUAAUCGAGGCGUGGCCUGGUGUAUAGGCCUGCUCACCUGUGCCUUCCCUUUCACUGGAUACGAUGGCGCAGCACACAUGAGCGAGGAGAUCGAGGAGGCCGAGAUUGUCGUGCCGCAAGCACUCAUCACCAGCGUCGCCCUCAACGGUCUCCUUGGCUUUGCCUUCCUGAUUGCGCUGCUCUUUAGCUGUGGAAACCUGGAAACGACCCUUCAGACCCCGACCGGCUAUGCGUUGAUCCAGAUCUUCUAUGCUGCGACCAACUCGACCAAAGCCACGAAUGCAAUGACUUGCGGCAUCGUAGCUUCCGCGGUCGCAGCAGUUCUUGCCCUCCUUGCAUCAGCCAGCCGGACCACCUGGGCGUUUGCUCGUGACCACGGGCUUCCGUUCAGCGGCUGGCUCGCAAAGGUCAACUCAACACGAGCUGUUCCGAUCAAUGCCAUCGCUACAACGACGCUGUGCUGCAUGCUCCUUGGCUUGAUCAACAUCGGCAGCACUGCGGCUUUCUAUGCCAUCGUUGGUGUAACGACGGUUGCGCUGUAUUUCACCUACAUCAUGCCUGUCGUCAUGAUCACGAUCAAAAAAGUACGCGGCGAGCAUAUUGCUUAUGGGCCCUGGAGGCUAGGCAAAUGGGGACUGCCCAUCAAUCUGUUCUCCAUUGUCUACUCGAUCUUCAUCUCGAUCUUCCUGUUCUUUCCAACAGCACUGCCUGUAACGGCGUUGAACUUCAACUGGACAGUGGUAGUCUUCUUCGGCGUCAUUCUCAUCUCCAUGGGCUACUGGGUCGUGUUCGGGCGUCGGCAAUUCCAUGGGCCGGUGAAAGAAAUGGUUGAUUGA